AUGUCGGAAAAGCCGCCGUACAUCGUGCGCCCAUCCGCUCCAGCAUCUUCCCCUUACCGAGCGGCAACAUUGAUCUUUCUUCACGGCUAUGGCGACGACGCCGAGGGUCUCCCGUUGGGGCUCGCUCAACAGUUCCAGUUCUACAACAAGAUGGAGCAUCUGAAAUGGGUCGUUCCUAAUGCGCCCCAUAACCAUGAGGCGAUGACCCGAGCAUGGUAUGUGCCCAAGGCACUGCCGAAUGCAAUGAAGCCUCACGUACCGGGCCACGAAGAAGAUGAAGAUGAAGGCGGGCCGGAUGAUGAAGCUGGCAUCAUGCAGAGCGUGGACUUGGUUGAUCAACUGGUCGAGCAAGAGAUCAAGAAUGGGACGCCAGCGGAACGGAUACUUGUAGGUGGCUUCAGUCAGGGGUGUGCUGUAAGUAUGGUCUGGGGUUUGACGGGACGCCUGAAGAAUAAGAUCGGGGGAAUGGUAUGCCUGAGCGGCUAUCUUCCUCUGAAGGACAGGAUCGAUCAAUUGAUAGAGGAGAGGCAGCCGGAGGAAUCAGCAGACGAAAUCUCGCUGCACGGAAAAGGCAGCAAGAAAUGGUUCUACGUCCACGGGACAAUGGAUAUGCUGAUCCCUACCAAGCUCUUCGUGCAGGCCAAGGAAGAUCUGACGAGAUGGGUGAGUAGGGAGGAUAUCGAAGAGCAUCUCUACCCGGGCAUGGGUCAUUCCACCUGUGCAGCGGAGCUGAGAGACCUUCUAGGAUUCUUUGACAAAGUGGUGCCACCAUAG